GUUCGUGUGUACUUCACUUACAUGUUUGAAAUUCUUGUACUUUUGACACUUUGUGCUAUUUUCAUAAUCAGCAGAAAGGGAAUCGUUUUUCAGAGGCUCAUCUUCAAACCCACUUUCAGAUGCCGCCGUAUUAGCAUGAUUUAGUAACACAACCACUAGCUUUAAGACAAUAUUAAAGCGUAAACUCGAACCCUCCAGCACAUUUGUGUAGCUACUUAUUUGGAGAAAUAAUUACUUAUAGCACAGAUUAAAGCAAAGUAUCUUCAGCGCUCCUGAAUUUAAUAUAACAGCUCAAAUGGAUACUUUGUGGUAAAAAAAAGAAAAGAUAAAAGAACUCGCACACACCCACAACAAAGGUCCUAGUGAUUAUUUGUAUUUUCAUGUUCAAUCUACUUGAUGGUGAAGACACGUUACGUGACAAAGUCUGGGUGCUUUCCGUGAGCAUGAAAAAGACUUCUGUUAAUUACAGCAGCACAAGGACGCGCGAGUGUGAAACGUCUCCCGCAUUUCCGGGUCCUAUGACUUAUCAGGUGGUUUGCUGCAGCAGGAGGAGGAGGAGGAGGAGGAGGAGGAGGAGAAGGAGGAGGAACUUAGAGAAGGGGAAACAAUCAUCUCAGUUGCAUCUGGCCUUCACCACCCCCCCCCCCCCCUCUCUCUCUCAGUCCACACCGCAUCACCUAACAGGAAGCCUACAUGAGCGAGAAAGCAGAAGCAGUCCGGCUUUUAGAGAAACGUCGUUCAGCGUCAGCAUGGCCGGGGCCUCGGUGUUUGAGUGCAAGGAGUACUUGUUCAAAGUGCUGGUCAUCGGGGAGCUCGGCGUCGGCAAAACCAGCAUCAUCAAGCGCUACGUGCACCAGCUCUUCUCGCAGCACUACAGGGCGACGAUCGGAGUGGACUUUGCCCUCAAAGUCAUCAACUGGGACAGCAAGACGCUGGUCAGGUUACAGCUGUGGGACAUCGCAGGGCAGGAACGAUUUGGGAACAUGACGCGGGUGUACUACAAGGAGGCCGUGGGGGCGUUCGUGGUGUUCGAUGUGACAAGGGGCUCCACGUUUGAGGCGGUGUCCAAGUGGAAGCAUGACCUGGACAGUAAGGUGAAGCUGGCCAAUGGCAACCCCAUUCCCUCAGUGCUGCUCGCCAAUAAAUGCGACCAGAAGAAAGAGAGCGCCAACAACACGGCCCUGAUGGACGACUUCUGCAAAGAGACUGGCUUUCUGGGCUGGUUUGAGACCUCGGCCAAGGACAACAUCAACGUGGACGAGGCGGCACGUUUCCUGGUAGAGAGCAUCUUGGCUAACGACAAAGGGUUGCCCUACGAGGAGAGCAACGGAGAGCGGAUCAAACUGGACCAGGAGACUGUGGCUGCUGAGAGCAAGUCAGGCUGCUGUUGACUCUGAAUCCAUUCAAAUCGGCCACCAGCCUCCCUCUGGCCGGGUCCAACCCGAGCAACCCGGCCCGUGGCGCUCAGCCCUAUUCUGCAGCGUCUCUGAGGAAUAUGAAUUAUUUGGUCUGCGAAGCUAGAGAAUGGUGUCGUCUCUGCACUAAUGCCCAAUAUACCUUAAUGUUGUUGCAAAUGAGGUCACUGCCUCCGUCUAACUGUCUCCUUGUUUAGACCACAGCACCUUUUUAUUAUUGUGUUUUUCUCAUUGCAUAUUUCCCCGAUUGUGUGUAACCCCAUUAACUAAAACCCCAGCACCCCCUGCUGCUCCUACCGUUAACCUGAAGGGCCCGGAAGCCCAAGACUGAGAAAUGCAAAUGAGAAAACAACGGCUGUAGCGUCUUCAUUUCUGUCACUUUGGUCUGUUCUCUCUCAGAAUCCUUUUUAUUCAGCAUUUAUCUGUGGACCAGUAUUUCUUUAUUUCAGAUGAAUGGUAUGAACCAUUGAUUAACAGCACACGUGUGCUAUUGAGACUAUGGGCUAAAACAUAAGCAAACAGGCCUUGCAGUAUCUCAUGUUACUGUCAGAAAUUGUUAUCCUUUAUGCCUUAAUUUCUGACGUUAUGUGCCAACAACUAUGGUUAUUCACUAUUUACACGGACGGACAGUAUAGUUUACAAAAAAAACUCAAAUGAUGGUACUAUAUGAGACACUAGUAUGAUAAUGUAGAUCUGAUUCACGGUUUUGUCUGUUUUUCUUUUAGUUGUUUGAUGUGUUGGGUCAUGCAGUGGUGAGAUAUACAGUAGAAUCGGAAUCAGGCAGAGGAUUAAACUCUCUUGUACAUUAGUGUUCAAUUAAAUAUGAAGGAUUUUUUAAAUGUUGAGAAUAAGUUUACGUGUGAAAAUACAUUGAAUAUACAAGAGUGAAAUAGAAUAAACAUUUGAACAGA